UCUAUGGCAACGAGCUCAUGUUUAUGUGAUGUAACAGUAUGGAAGGUUAACGACAAGUACACAAGUGCAAGUAAGACAAAAACAAAUCGAUAUUUUUGGACUGAUAAAUAUCAUGGCUCCACCAGUGCAGCAACCCAAAAAGCCAAAGAAAGCUUCGGCGUCCCACAUCGACCCGUUUAUCAACUCUCGUCUUGUGGAAGGUCUGAAAGAGUCCGUUUUCUUCGACUUCUUAUCUUCCAAGGAUGUUGCCUUGGUUAUGUUCUAUGACGCCAAGGAACCUCAGUGCGAAUGGUCCAAGAAGCACUUUUUGAAAGCGGCUAAAAUCACUGAGCGAGAGAACCACGCGUAUGCCGCCGUGGACUGUGUCAAGGAGCAGGAACUCUGCAACGCCGAAGGUGUCACCUCGCUCCCCUACUUCAAGAUGUACUCCAAGGGGAAAAUGUUUGCCGCCUACUCCAACCCAACGACCUUCACCUACCACACCAUGGCGAGGUUUGUGGAGAACGCGCCCGUCCUGCAGGAAGCCGGCCGGCCCAAGCGGCCAUGUGACAUUGACGUCCCUGCCGAAGAGGCUCCCAAGAAACCGAUUUCCGGCAAGAAAUGAAAGCGAGAAUAACUUCUUCACCAACACAUUUUUGUUUUGUUUUUCUAUAUCAUUUUUUAAUACCAAACACGAAAUACAUUGCGCAGAUUUAAUAUGUAUGUUUUACACUUAGAAUCAACACAAGUUUUGUAGUGAUUAUAUUUUUUCCCCAAACAUUUAAAGGUGCUAAUUGUUGCACGUGGAAACGUUUUAUUAAGAGGCUAUUGCUAAGCUUUUUGUAUCAAUGUUCUUUUAAGCAAAAUAGCUUUAUAAUAAAUUGUUUUUCAUUUAAAAUGAAA